AGCAGAAAUUCAAACCAUGAAGCAAGCUCUUCCUGAUGCAGCAGAGUCAACACUGUGUCAUUGGAGAGUGAAGCAGCUCCUGGAAAAACUGGAGAAACAGCCCAAUGACAAAGUUUUGGACCUAAACAACUGUUCAUUGAAUGCCACUGAUAUAGAAGAGCUGAUUGCCAUUAUACCUUUGAUGCCAGACCUGGAGGAGAUCGAUUUUUCCUGGAACCAUUUCAUAGGAGGGGCUCUCCAGCCUCUUACUCUUCAGUUCAGCCACACGCAAAAGCUAAAAGUCCUCCGACUGAAUAACUGCGGGCUUACAGCCAAGGACAUCACUUUUUUAGGAGAAGCCCUUGAAGUCAUUCCCUACCUUGAGAUAUUGGAUUUAUCAUGGAAUAAUAACAUUGGUGGCAGUCUUUCCAUUCUAACCCAAAAAAUCCCCAAAGGCUAUAAUCUCAAAACACUGAAAGUGACAGAUUGCAGUCUAACGAUGGAAGAUGGGAAAUCUCUAGCUCAGCUUCUAAACAGGAUCCAGAGCCUUGAAGAACUGGAUUUGUCCAUUAACAAAAACGUAGGACAUAGUCUGAAAAGUAUCACCCAGGAACUGAAAUACGUCCCAGGCCUGAAGGUACUAAAUCUGCACAUGUGUGGCCUGAAGCAAGAUGGAUUCCAGUGCUUAGAUCAUGCUUUUCAGUACCUGCUGGGACUAAAAAAAUUAGAUGUGUCAUGCAAUAAAGAAAUUGCAGGAGGCUUCCAGAACUCAGCGGCUCAUUUGGCCUGCCUAAGCGACCUUGAAGCCCUGGAUCUUCAUCAGUGCCGGAUUAUGGAAGAGGAUAUGGCAGUUUUAACUCAGAUAAUACCUCUUCUGUCAAGUCUUCAAGAGCUGGAUUUAUCAUCAAAUAAAAGCGUUGGGAUAUCUUCUGAUAACCUUCUUAGUAGAUUCCGAUUUUUACCAAAACUGAAAUCUGUGCUCCUGAGCAAUUGCUCUCUACAGCAGAAAUCAUUUGCAUCUUUAGCUGAGGCUGCCCUUCACCUCCCUGAACUGAAGAUCUUAGACCUUUCUUGGAAUAAAUGCGUUGGUGGGAACCUAAAGCUGAUUUUGAAAGCGCUAAACCUUGAAGCUGAGCUCCAAGAGCUAAGACUGAGCAGCUGCAGCUUGGUGGAUAAAGACCUGGCUUGUCUUGCCCUGGUUAUCCAAGAUGGCCCCCUAUCUAAACUACAGAAGCUGGACCUGAGCUACAACCACCAUAUCUCUGACCAGGGAUGGGCAACGUUCUAUCAAGGCAUAGUUGCGCUUGAGCAGCUUUCGGAACUGGAUGUCAGUCUCCGGCCAACGUCACACUGUGACUGCGGGGAAUGGUUUGGCAAGCUGUUGGCUGCCUUGCCGAAGCUGCUCGGACUCUCAGAGCUGGACCUCCAAGGCUGGGUUCUCUCCAGACGUCAGCAGAAACAGCUGGAAAGUUUCAACUGGGACCACGAACGAAAUGUUCGCUUUGACUUUUAG